AUGCCGGAUCCCCAGGGGGGAAAGGAGGAGCUGGCACUGAGAUGGCUCAAAAGGCAGGGUACCUGCGCACACAGAGCAGGGGGGGUUCUAGGCCGCAAGGGAGUUAAAGCCAUAGCCACAUCAGGGCACACGCUGGCAGUGACAGUAGACGGAGCACUCUAUUCAUUCGGCCGCAACUGGGACAGCAGGAGGCGGAAAGCGGGGCAGCUGGGGCGAAAGGGGCCGUUUGGGAGGCCUGGGAGGGUGGGGGGAGUGGCAGGGAGAGUGAGGGCGGUAGCUGCUGGGAAGUUUCAUUCUGUGGCUGUGACUGACGAAGGGGUGGUGUACACGUGGGGGUGUAAUGGGAGGGGGCAGCUGGGGAGGCAAACCAGAAGCAUGGUAAGCGGUUGUGAAUGGUGUGAGGAUUGUAAGGGCGACAGGCACGAGGCAGCUCCAGUGCGGGGGGCAAUUGAAAACGUGGUGGUGGUGGUGGCAGCAGCAGCAGGGCCGCACUACUCCCUCGCCCUCUCUGCCGGGGGGCGAGGUGACAGGCACGAGGCAGCGCCAGUGCGGGGGGCGUUGGAAAACGUGGUGGUGGUGGCGGCAGCAGCAGGCCCGCACUACUCCCUCGCCCUCUCUGCCGGGGGGCGAGUCUUCACCUGGGGCCUCAACCUCUUCUCGCUCCCUGCUCCCUGGACCCACCACCAUGACCUUUGCCAUACACCUGCUGCUGCUGCUUCUGGCGGUAUUGCCAGCAGCAGCAACAGCAGCAGCAGCAGCAGCUGGAGUUUUGAGCAGGAAUUGGCAGCAGCAGUGGCGUUGGCAGCGGAACCAAGGAGGGUGGGAGGGGCAUUGGAGGGGGAGAGGGUGGUGGAGAUAGCAGCAGGGGAGGAGCAUUGGCUUGCUCUCACAGAUAAAGGCCAUGUGUACGCGUGCAGCACUGGUUUCAAUGCCAGUGGCGUUCUGAUCAACCCAGCCAUCCACGCCCCCCUUUUAGCCCAACCUAUCCCCUCUCCCUCUUCCUCCUCCUCUUCCUCCUCCUCCCACACCCGCUUCUCCCUCCCCCACCGCAUCACCGCCGGUCCCUUGUCUUCCGAGCGUGCAUCAACCAUCGGAGCAGCAGCAGGCGCAUCCUUUGCUGUCAUGGCGUCCUCUCAGCAGUUGCUGUCGUGGGGGUAUGGUGGAGGGGAAAGAGGGCUAGCAGCAACAGCAGGGGCAGGAGGAGGAGCGGCAGCAGCACACACAGGCUCGGUGUUGUUGGGGCGAACAGAGGGAGCAGCGGAAGAGCCGAGUGAGGUGGUGGGAGAGGAGGAGGGGGGGGAGGGGGGGGGAGUGCGGAUGGGUGGGGUGGUGCAGGUGGUGGGGGGUGCGUCGUUUGUGCUCGCCCGGACCAGCACUGGACAGGUCUUCUCGUGGGGUCACAACAACUACCACCAGCUCGGCCGCCCGACGCAGCACUCCGCCGACCCGCUUCCUGGUCUCGUGGGCGGCCUGGCUUGUCUGCACGUGGACACUGUAGCAGCAGGGUCGCACCACGGGCUUGCUUUUAGGCGGGCGGAGCGCGGAAAGGAGUUGGAAGUGGUUGAGAUGGAACAGGUGGUUAAGGAGGAGUGGGAGCGGGUGCAUUCGAAUGGUGGGGAGCAUGAGACAGGAGGAGAAACAGGAGGAGGAGGAGGAAGAACAGGAGGAGCAUGGGGAGGUUGGGGAGGGAGAGGAGGAGGAGGAGGAGGAGGAGGAGGAGGAGGAGGAGGAGGAGGAGGAGAAAAAGACGGAGGGAGGUCGGUGUUCCCAGUGAUAUACAACGAGCACCACAGGGGCGAGAUCAUGCAGGUGGCAGGGGAGUGGUUCGCCCAGCUGCCACCGUCAGGGUUCGACCCAGCAUUCUGCAACCCCUGCUGGAAGGAUGGCUCUGGGUUUCACUGCCUGCCUUACUUCCUGGUCAUCGGGGCUAUGAGGUAG